UCUGGUCACCCUAAAUCAUAGCAAUGCCAAUAAUAUACAUUAUUGUUUUAUUUUGCCCGCCUUUAUUAGCUUUCCCAACGCGAUGAAAAAGUUAAAAAAUAAAAAAAAUACUGAACGGUGUUGGUUGGACUGGUGUCGGCUAUGCGCCAAUGACGAUGCGUCCAUUAAUGUGCGUCAAAAAGAUGUAUACAUGCGUAUUAUAAGCAAGUGUUUUGAUAUCGAGAUAGGUCUCGAAGAGCCGCAAUUGGGUGGCAUGCUGUGCAGCGAGUGCUACGCCUUGAUAGGCGACUUGCUGAACUUCGCUGAAAAUGUCAAUAAGGUGCAGCCCAUCUUUGAGCUGUUGCGCCACACCGAGCCCAACGAGCAAGUGGAUGUGUGUGCUCUGCGCCAACAAUAUGGUCUACAGGAUAAAAGCUCACAAGAUCAUAGCUACAAAACGGAACCAGAAGAGUUAGAGGAAUUGAGCAGUCGUGAAGACAGCUUAGAUGGCGACAGUGAAAUAUUUUAUCAAGAUGUUGAUAGUGAUCCUCAACAUGAUUUGACCAUAUCGCCAAUUCCGGCAAGAAGAAAACGUGGACGUCCUAAGGGCUCAAGAAAGCUGCAACACGAUGAAGCUGCAGAAUCAAAUGAGCACCAAGAAACUUUAGAAAAUUUCAAAAUUGAAGCUUCCGUGGAUUUCCACGAGGAUCGAUCAAGCAGCCAUGAAGAGGGCGUUGAGCAAGAACUGGUACAAAAUCACAUUUGGCUUGAAGAUUAUUCCAUGGAAGAGAAUAAGACUACUCUGAAUAGUGAUAUAAAAAGAAAGCGUGGUCGACCCAAACAAUCUGUUAAAACUGAGGUACUCGACGAAUGGGAGGUAUCAGAAGAGGACCUCGACUUUUUAACGCCAACUUUCAAAAGAAAAUCUACCGACGAGCCCAAUCAAUUGAUUGCCAAGGAUCAGAGCGCAGAUAGAGAUGAACUCUUCAAUCCUAAUGAAUCCGCACAAAGUACUAGUAAAAGAAAACGUGGACGUCCUAGAAAGCAUGAAAGUAUUAUCUUGCAUGACAAAAGCGAUUCGAAAUGUAAAAAUGUCGCACUAGCCAGACUUUUGCUCGCAUCUCCAGUGCCCGAAGCUGAAACGGAAGCAGCAGGAUCUGUGAGGAAUAGUAAUCUUACCGAAAAUCAAAUCAGGAAAAAUCCAGUCACCUGCAAUGUCUGCCACAAAGAGCUAUCAUCGGAGAAUGGACUUAAGUAUCAUAUAGAGCGCGUGCAUAUGAAAAAGAAGCCCUUCGUCUGUGAUGUCUGCGGUAAACGUGUCCGAACAGUUUCAGAGCUUAAAGAGCACAUGCUUGUACAUACCGAGGAUCGGCCCUUUGUGUGUCCAUUGUGCAAUGCGGCCUUUAAAAAUAGAAAGCGUCUCAAUAUACAUAGCCAAACACACGGCGAGCCCAGUUACGAGUGUGAGAUCUGCGGCAAGAAAUUGCAGACGCGUGCCAUUUGGAAUAAGCAUAAAAGUGUUCACACUAACGAGCGCCGAUUCAAAUGCAGUAUUUGCGGUACCGCGACAAAAAAUUCAACAGCUCUAAAGAUUCACCUGUUGAGUCACACCGGAUUGCGGCCAUAUACGUGCAAGUACUGCAACAAGGACUUUGCCAGCGGUGCCAAUUGCAGGGAUCACAAAAUAAGGAAACAUCCUAUAGAAUAUGAGGAAGAUGAUGAUAAAUCGUGCCGUAUACAAAGUGUGCCCACGUUGGAUGAGUUGCGUGCCUUAGCUGCGGGCAUGGAGAAAGGUGAGCGGCUGCGUAAACCCAAAACUAUGAAAAUUGAAUAAAAGCACGAAUCGUUUUAAAAUUUGA